CUGUAGUCAGAAUGAUCGACAAAAGUUUGCGCAGGUGACAUCAUCCAAUAGCGCCAACAGCAUCAGCGUCAACAGGAAGAGAAGACGAGUAAAGUUACUGUCAAGAAUCGAAUCAUGUUCCAUGGAAUUUCAGGAACAACUGGAGUUGCAGCCCAGGCAAAUAAACCAGAACUUUAUGAGGAAGUAAAACUGUAUAAAAAUGCCCGGGAACGAGAGAAGUAUGACAAUAUGGCUGAGUUGUUUGCUGUGGUGAAGACAUUGCAAGCACUGGAAAAAGCUUACAUCAAGGAUUGUGUCUCUCCAAAUGAAUACACCGGGGCUUGUUCCCGAUUGCUUGUUCAGUACAAAGCUGCGUUUCGACAAGUGCAGGGAUCAGAAAUUGAUUCAAUUGAUGAGUUCUGCAGAAAAUACAGGUUGGAUUGUCCAUUGGCCAUGGAAAGAAUUAAAGAGGACCGUCCAAUCACUAUUAAGGAUGACAAAGGCAACCUGAAUCGCUGUAUUGCAGACAUUGUCUCAUUGUUUAUCACAGUGAUGGACAAACUGCGGUUGGAAAUACGAGCCAUGGAUGAGAUCCAGCCAGAUCUACGAGAGCUAUUGGAGACAAUGAACCGAAUGAGCAACCUUGCUCCAGAUUUUGAAGGAAAACAGAAGGUCAGUGUUUGGUUACAGACUCUGGGUAACAUGUCUGCUGCAGAUGAGUUGGAUGACUCUCAGGUUCGACAAAUGCUCUUUGACCUUGAAUCUGCAUACAAUGCUUUUAACCGUUUCCUGCACUCUUCAUAGACCUGUGGCACAGACAGAUGAUGUCAGCAAACAAUGAAAACAGUUUCUGAGUCUCACUCUCUCUGUCUAUCUUUUGAAGACUGUAUUUCUCUAUUCAUCUCAUAAGAAACAUUCUGAAUUGUAUUUAAAAAAAAAACAUAAGCAGAAGUGCAAUAAUGGACUUUGCUGUUUAAGCCUUUGAAAUAAAAUAAAAAUAUAUCCUGAGUUA